GGAGGACCCGUCGAGGGAAUCACCACGAGGUGGGGCAGUCCAGGGAGAAGCAGGAUAAGGCAAAGCAGUCCACGGAGAAGCAGUCCGCGGAGUAGCAGCCCAAGACCCAUCCACCCCUCUGACAGAAGAACAUAAGCCAAAAAAUCCACCCAAAUGAUAAAAAUGGAAAAUGAGUCGUUCAACCCGCUGUCGCUGCUGGACAAAAACCAGCCGUUCGACGCGGAGAAAUUGAAGCUGCUGGACAACGUAGUGGAGGCCCUGUUGGACACGAAGGACAAAAACAGAAGGGACUUUGCGCAGAAUCUGUUGAACCAGUUUAAGAUGCUGGACAAUUCGUGGAGGUCCGUGUCUAUCAUUUUGGAGCACAGCGAAAAUGUGAAUACGAAGUUUUAUGGGCUGCAAAUUUUGGAGGAGUGUAUAAAUAACAAGUGGAAUAUACUGCCGGGGGAGGAAAGAGAGGGCAUGAAGAAUUUCAUCGCGUGUUACACGAUAACGUUGUCUACGGAGGGGACGACGGUGGGGGUAGACCGACAUUUGUUAAACAAAUUGGAUGAGACGCUAAUACAGAUAGUGAAGAAGGAGUGGCCCGAUUCGUGGUCGAGCUUCAUCCCAGAUAUUGUAAAUUCGGCAAAGCUAAAUCAAAAUGUAUGUGAAAAUAAUAUGAAGUUAUUGAACAUGCUAAGUGAGGAGGUGUUCGAGUUUGGAAAUGAAACGUUAGUAAAAAAAAAAAAAGAAAAAUUAAGAAACGAAUAUGCUAGUCAGUUCCAAGAAGUGUAUAACUUAUGUUUGUACAUUUUGGAGGCGAACGUGUAUAACAAGAGAAGCACAAACACAUCCCUAAUUAAGCAGACGUUAAACUGUAUGUCUAAUUUUUUCAAAUGGAUCCCAUUAACGUACAUUUUUGAUAAAUACAAAUUUAAUGAUACCAACAUACAGAUUAUAGACCUCCUGUUUGACCACUUCUGGGAUGAUAUUUCGUACAAAAUUGAGUGUGUAAAAUGUAUACAAGAAAUAGUGAUGCUAAAAAUUGACGAGAAAAAUAUCAUUUAUUUUGAUAAUGUGUUUAUCAAUUUGUGGUCCAAGCUGGUCGCCAAAAUUAAGUUGUUGCCCAAUGCCAAUGAAAUGAAGAACAUCCCCCCGGAGUUAAAAAUAUUCUGGGAGCAGUACUUCUUGCAGCUGAGCAUAUGCAUUACAAGCUUUCUGCGUAAUUACAGAGAGAAAAUCGUCGAAAAGAACAACAAUACAAAUGAUGUGAAUAUCGUUUUUAAGUUUCUAAACAUGCUAGCGAAUAGCAACAUGGAGGAGGUUUUCCUCAUCAUCAUCGAUUAUUAUAACGUUUUUACGGAGCAGCUUAUCAGAGAAUUAAUCACGAGGUUGGAGCAGGAGCAUAACUUGAAGGGUAAGGGGGGGGCCAAUGUGCCCGGGGUGCCGAGCUCCUCCAAUGACUUGAAGAAUUCGCUGGGCACAUCCCCCAUCGGUAUGUCCCUCAAUUUGGAGGUGUCCUCCUUAGGAAGUAGAAAAACGUACAGCUUCGCCACGAUGAAUAAUGAGUCCAGUCUCAUCGGGAACAGCGCCAUUACCGGAGGGGGCAGCAGCAUCAUCAACAUUAACGAGUACUCGUCCAUUUUGGACAAAAUAGAUUUAACCCCAGGGGAUAUCAAAAAGAUGUGCCCGCGGAUUAAGCUCUACGAAUUUAUUCUGAACGAUAUAAGGAAGACCGUCAUCGAGAAAAUGGCGAAACCUCAGGAAAUCUACAUUUCGUAUGACAACGAGACGGGGGAAGUGGUCCGAGAUUUCGAGCCCGACACGACCGAAAUUUCCCUGUACAACACGAUGAAGACGACGUUGGUGUAUUUGACCUACUUGGGGUCCGAAAAAACGAUGGAACUGAUUGUGGAGUUGCUAAACAAGGAAUCGGAGAAGUCGCUAAAAAAUACGAACAAAAAUGAAGUGUGGAAUAGCACGAAGACCAACCGAAUCAGCUACGCGGUGGGCUCCAUCUCCAUGUGCAUGACGCUUAAGAAGGAACAAGAUUUUUUAAUGUACAUUCUGAGGAUAUACCUACACAUGAUAGAGGUUAAAAAUGGGGAAGAAAACAGAGCCAUUUUGGCCUCCUGCGUUAUGUACAUUGUGAGUCAGUACCAUCGAUUUUUGAAGCUCCACUGGAGAUUUCUAAAAACGGUGAUGAAGAAGCUGUUCGAGUUUGCAGAGAAUGAAAAGGUACAGGACAUGGCAGCGGAAACUAUUUUGAAAAUUUGCAAGCAGUGUAAAAAUGUGAUAGCCAAAAAUAACCAUACGAAUGAUAAUAAUGAGUCCUUUUUUAACACCUUCAUUAAAUUUCACAACAAUAUUAUGCAUAAGUUGCCAGAAAAAUUGAACUUGUUACUUUACGAAGCGAUUGCUCAUGUCAUUUCGUGUUUUCCAUAUGAGGAGAAGCAGGAGAGUAUAAAAAUUUUGAUGAGCAAGUUGAUGAAUCUUUGGAAUUCGCUAAUUUAUGCGAAUAACGGCAUUAAAGCUAUGAACGACCCCAACCUUUUAAACAGCAACGGGGCUAAUGGCGAUGCCAUCAAUGACAUGAAGAAUUUGGAGCACCUAUGCACAUAUGAAAACUCCAAACUGAUUAUCACCUUUGUGAGGGUGAACUGCAGAUUGGCCUACGCAUUGUCGUAUUUCUACUACGAGCAGCUAAACUUAGUUUUUUUAGACUUUUUAAAAAUAUAUCAGCUGUAUAGCAAGUUCAUAAAUAUGGAGGUGGAGACGAAUGGGACGAAACGGAUAAAGCAUGCUCAGUUUAGAAAUUUAUUUUUGAUGAAGAGGGAGUUCCUCCACCUGAUAGAAACUACCAUUGAGAGGAGUUGCUACAACAUACAGGAGUUGGAAGCCGAGUUGCUAAAGAGGGAACAGAAGAAAAUGAAAAACGAAAUUGACGAAUCGAUGGAUGUACAUCUGCCAACAGUGGAGGAAGCCAAGCAAAUUAAUUUCCAAAUGACCAGUAACAUACUAAACGUGCUGUUAGAGACCAUUUUGGUAGAUUACCGAGAUAGUAAUCCCCACAUAAAGGAUGCCGAAGUGUUUUCUCUGCUCUCCACAGUUUUUAAAAAAAUUGAAAAUGUCACUUGCCCAAUUCUCCCCACCGUGUUAAACUACGUGUUAUUGCCAACCAUAGACAUGAUAAAGAAUGAUUUUUCAUCCUACCCGGAACAUCGGGAAAAAUUUUACAACUUUUUAGAUGCCUGCGUUAGACACUGUUUUGAUUAUCUGUUCACCCUCGAUUCGGAAAUUUUCAACACGUUCAUUCAGUCCCUUUUGUGGGCUAUCAAGCAUGAGCACCCCUCAGUUGCGGACCACGGGUUGAGGAUAACCCACCAGUUUUUACACAACAUUAUUAUAAAGAAGAAGGAAUACUUGGAGGAGUUUUGCAAAGCCUUUUACUACAUUAUUUUGAACGAGGUGUUUAAAACGUUAACGGAUUCGUUUCACAAAUCGGGGUUUCAUUACCAGACCAUUAUCCUUAUGAACAUGCUGCGCCUUCUGGAGUUCGAGGUGGUCAAUCUCCCGGACGCAGAAAUUACCAAACCGCACAUAGUGAAGCACGUGCAGACGUUCCUCACGCAGUCCUUUGAGAAUUUGAACCAGAAGCAGAUUGAGACCUUUUCCGUGGACCUGUUUAACUUUUGCGUGGAGUCCCCCUCGGCGUUUCGGUCCUUCGUCCGCGAUUUGCUGAUCUCGCUAAAGGAAUUUUCGACCAACCAAGAUGAGCUGUACGAGGCCGACCGACAGGAAGCGCUGCAGAGAGCGAAGCUGGCAGAAGACAACAAACUUAUAAAGUUGAGAGGACUGAUGAAGGAAGACGUGCCAAGCUUUUCAGCCAUCGACGUGGAUGACGAGUGCAUAAAUGUGGAAUAGGGAAGUUGGAGAGGACUCCGCUUCUGUGCCGCAUUGUGUCGCUCAAUUUCGCUUCGUAUUAGUGUAGCCCCCCCACCUCAGCACAUCUCAGAAUAUCGUAGCAUAUUAUAGCACACCUUAGCAGGUGUCCCCCUCAAAUGCGAACCCUUUUUAAUGACUGUUUUAUUACCCCCCUCUCUGCCUUUAAUCCACACAUUGUUUCCCUUUUUUUGAAUAAAAUUUCCCUUUUUUUUUUUUUUUAACAAAAGCGGGUUUCCCUUUUUGGGUGGUUCGGAAAGUGUGCACGCACAAAUACAUCUCUCUGUAUGUGCAUGUGCAUGCGCAUGUGUAGGCAUGUGUGUAUAUACACGUGCACGUGUGCCCACGCGAACUCUGUGCUGUGUGCGUAACAAAUGAUAAGUGACGGUGCUCGUUUGUCAUUUCCUGCCACAGCAUUGUUGUGUGCUGAACCCCCCCAGCCGAGGACGUUCCCCAUAGCUGCGCCCUAUGAGUGCCUCGCAGGGGGGGGAUCCACAUAAGCAGAUACAUGUGUGCAUAUCUACACAUGCAUUGUUACCUAUACAUAUGUGCAUAUAUGUACAUAUUUAUUUAUUCACUUAUUCAUUUACGGCGCCCCCACGAACGCGCAAGCUGUACCAUAUGACGCACUUGCGCUUGUGUUGUAGGACGUAUCUCAUGUGCAUGCCGUAAGGCAUGUGUGCACAUCCAUCUGUUUCCCCCUCCUCCCCUCCUCUGCUGCACGCACACAUUAUGCUCAUUAUAUUACACCCUUCCUCAUAAUGAUAUGUAUCAU